UCAUCGAGUUUUAUUUUAUUAUUUUAGGAAAAUAAGUAAAGAAGCUUUCAGUGAUCGUAGAAUGAUGAUAUUUUCGUGAAUCAUGUACAUGUUUUCUAAUAAUCUAAUAGUUGUAAGUGAAAUUGUUAUAUACCGGUAGUGAAAAACACUUAGCGAUGAUAAGUAAAAAAGCUUAAUAAUUGACGACGAUGGCGUCUGAUGGAGAAAUUUCUUGUACGAAUGAUCCUAAUUUCGCCGUUAUUUACUCGUUCUUAAAAGUUUUUGGUAAACUCUACAGUUUAGAAGUACCUACGCUAGCUAAAUUACAAGAAUUGAUAGAAAACACGCAGGAAGUGUUGGAUCCGUUGAAAGAACUCCACUUGAGAUUGUUGCGUCGUGCUCUUAAAUCAGUACAGAGCAAUAGAUGGGAGAGGUGUCUGAUUAAAUUUUGUCAUCAGCAGUCUUAUCAUCAGGAGGCUUGGGAAAUAGAAAGGUUUUCUUACAAGAAAGCUAGUACUCAAGUGAAAUUGCGAAUAUUGAAAUUGUUACUUGAAUAUCAGUUCACAUGUCAUGCAAAAUUCAAAUCAGCAGUGAAUGCUAUAUCAUGUAAUGAGCUCAGGUUGGAUCCAAUUGGACGGGAUAAGAAUGGGUGUGUGUACUGGCUCCAAGUGGACCAUGAAGCAAACCUAUGUCUUUACAAGGAAGACCAAGAUGAAGAAACCUGGCAGUUAAUAGCAAGCAAUCGAGAAGAGCUAAUAAAAAUUAUAGGGCAACUGAAAAAUGGUGAAGAAAUCACUCCAUCUAUUGUUUCAAACAAUAAUGAGGAUUCAAAUAGUACAGAAGUCCAAAAUCCACAGUUAGAGCCUAAUAAAUCAUCAGAUGUAGAUGAUGAAAAUGAAGAAGAGUUCCUAAGUCCAGAAUCUGAAUCUGAACAUGAUAGUGAUGAUCAAAAAGAACAAACUAAAAAAGUGAAAUCUCCUGAUAGUAUUAAAAAUAAAUCUAAAGAAGUUUCAGAUGAAAAUGUAAAUAAAGUAGAAAAUAGUGAAGAUGAUAAAAAUUUAGAAAUAACUGAAACCAAUAAAGAUGUAAAAGUUACUGAAUCUUGUAAUGAAGUAGAAGAAACUAGUGAAGAUAAAGAUGUAGUAAGUUCUAAAGAUGAAGAAGAGAUGAAAAGUGAAACGUCAGAUAAUGGUGCAAUUGAAUGUAAUAAAGAUGAAAUUGAAUCUAAUAAAGAUAUAAUUGAAUGUACUAAAGAUGAAAUUGAACCUGAGAAAGACGAAAUAGAGAGUUAUGGAGAUGUAGAUAAAACAGUAACUGCUGAAGAAAAUAAGUUAGAAACUCGUGAAGGUGUAGACAGUACCGAAGGAGAUGAAACUGUAGAUAAUACUGAAACUGAUACCAAUACUGAAGUGGAUAGCAACAUAGAAAAUAAGAGUGAUAUAAAAGACAAUGAACCAAGUGAUAUUAAAAGUGUCGUGAAAGAAAACAUGGAUAGUGUUGAACAAGAACAUACUGAAAAUAAACAAGAAAUAUCAGAGCCUGCUACUGCAUCUGAUUCAACUGAAGAUGUAGUCGGUGAAGCAAUUGAAGAACCCUUAAUGAUUGUAACAGGCGAAGGAAAUGGGGCAGAUUGUGACAGUGCUUAUUUUAUUGGAGAAGAGAUUUGUGAACCAGUCAUGUUUUUUUAUGGUGAAGGUUGGGGAGCCGAUAAUGAUACUGGCAACCUAGAUGCUAUACAACAAUCUAAUAGUAAUGAUAAGAGCGAUGAAGAAAAUCCUCCUGAAGAAUGUAAUGGUGAGAACCAUGAUGUGUCAAAUUCUAACAGAAAAGCCAAAUUAAGUAAAAAUAUUAAAUUAAAAAAUAAAUCUAUAAUCAAGAGGUCCUUAAAGAAACAAUCCAAUGAUGGUACAGACAAUGUUAAAUCAGAUUGUAAGAAACAUUGUAUAAGAGAAAUGGAUAAAUCUAAUGGAUCGAACUCCAACACUUUUACUGAAAGUGAUUCAAAGAACGAAUGCAGUGUCAAUGAUAAAAGUACAACAGAGAGUGGAAAAUUAAAAAAAGUAGGCAAGAAGAAGAUUAGAAGUAAAGUUAAAAAGAAACAACUACUACGGAAAGCUGAAAAGGAUGAAAAUAAAGAAGCGCUUAAUUCUCUAUCAGAAUCAGAGAAUUGCCAGUCUACUAAAGCCAGCAUUAUUGAGAAGAGAAAGAGUAGUCUCUCUUCUGAACAAAGCGAUGACAAUAGUGAAGAAGAUAAAGAGAAGACUUCUGAUAAGGAGGCAGUAAAGGCAGACGACGAUCUGCCGCCUAAAAAAAUACGCUUAGAAACACCUGAAUCAGAGACAGUAUCACAUUCCAAAGAAUCAAGUGACAAUAAAGAUGAAACUAUUACAAAUGAAAACAAUGAAAACGACAAUUCUAAUACAAAUGUACAAAAUGAUUCUGUAACAGUUAGGAAAAAAAUUAAGGCCAGAAAAGGGAAGCUUAAACCAAAAAAAGCAUUGCAAAAACCCUUUGAAGAAACAAGUAAAAAUGAUAGCAUUGAAGAUACUAAAAAGGAAAGUAAAGGCCUUAAAAGAUCGUUAUUAAAUGCGAAUACAAGUGAUAAAAACAAUGAAUCUCAAAGCGAAAGCGAGGAAGAGGAACCUGUAACCAUCGGGAAACGAUUAAAAACAAAACCGAAAAAGAUCAAUACGUCGACCAGGAAAAAAGUGGAGGCUAAGCACAUGACCAAGAGUUCGAGUGAAUCAGAAGAAGAAACUCUUUAUAGUUUAGGUAAGAAAACUCCAAAGAAAGUCUUAAAGAAGAAAACGAAAGGUAAGGAGAAGCAAAAAUCACAAUCCCAGUCCGAAGAUCCGGACAUAACUCCCGUGCGACAGUCGCGCCGCAUCGCGCAGAUGAAGAUCAAGGAGGAGGCCGACAGGAGGCACCUGGAGGAAGUUGCGUUGCGGGAAUUAAAGAUGAUACACAAAAAAAAGAGCGCGGAGGAGGAGGAGGAGGAGGAGGAGUGGCGCGCGAGCGACAGCAGCGCGGCGUCGCCGGCGCGGCGCCCGCGCGCGUCCGUGUGGCGCGCCGCCGACUCCACGGGGCCCGAGGACUCCGACUCCGACGAGCCGCUGUUCGAGCACGACGAGCCCGACCUGGAAUUCAACAAGUCCGAUCACGAGUUCUCGCCCGAGUCGGACUUGGAGAGUGGCGAGCCCGUGGAGCCUCUCAAGCGAGCGAGGACGUUGCAAGAAGGCGUGUCGGCGGGCGUGUGCGCGCGCUGCGGGCGCGGCGAGCAGCCCGAGUGGAUCCUGCUGUGCGACGCGUGCGACGCGCCCUACCACGCCUCGUGCCUCAAGCCGCUGCUGCUCGUGGUGCCCGAGGGCGACUGGUUCUGCCCGCCCUGCAACCACGCGAUGCUGAUAACGGCGCUGGAGAGGGAGCUGUCGAAGUACGACGAGCUGCUGGCGAGCGUGGAGGCGGAGCGCGCGCGGCGCGAGCGGGAGGCGCCGCCGGCCGCCAGCUCGGACGAGAAGGCGUCGGCCGAGUCGCGCGCCGCGUCGGCCGACAGCGGCUCGGACGCCUCGGAGGCCGGCAGCGGCAGCGGCUGGUCGUCGGACGGCGCCGUGUACCGCCUGCGCGCGCGCCGCGCGCUGCCCGUGUCGUACCGCGCGCGCGAGUACGACCGCCUCAUCAGCUCCGCCAUCAAGGAAGAAUACGUCGAGCCCACGACGAGCGCGGGCAACCAGGGCCGCGGGAAGGACAUAUCUACCAUUAUCGAAGCGGCCGAGGAGGAAAAGAUGAAAGCCGAGCGGGAGGCUAUCGAACAGGGUAAGCAGAUAGAAGUUAAAAAGAUUAAGAAGAAACAGCGUAAGAAACAACGCAAACUGAAUUCGCUCGAUGUGCCCUCCGAGGACGACGACGAGACCGACGAGGACUUCAAAGAUACAGGAAUGGAAUCAUCGUCCGAGGAGAUAUCUUCGUCAGCGGAACGCGGCAGUUCGACAUCCCGCUCUUCUGAUUCGCUUCCCAUCCGUCGCGCCUGUAGACCCGAUAAGAAAGAUCGCCAGAAAUUGGAGGAGUCGUCGCCGGAAGUCAAGAAGAAGAAGAAGGGAGUGUUCGAUGAGAGUUCGGGAGAAUCGACCGGGCGGAAGGAGUGGUCGAAAAAGUGCAAGUGGGCGCGCAAGCGCGGCCUGUCGCAGUACGACGCGGCCGGCAACGUGGUGCGCGCGCGCGUCACCUACGGCGGCCUCAGCGACGAGCCCAACGACUGGUCGCCCAAGCACCGCACGCGCCGCCGCAAGAUCGACUACACCGAGAUGCCCAACACGGAGUCCGAGGACGAGAUGCACAAGUCGAGCGGGAAGCACAUGCCGGACAGCUCGGACGAGUUCAAGGUGGACGACUCGGACGUGACGUCGGACUCGGACUCGGACCGCGCCAAGCGGCGCAAGGAGGAGGCCGCCCAGUCCGGGGACGAGAAGAAGAAGGCUCUGUGCGACCUCAUCAACAAGACGGCCGUGGUGCCCCUGCAGAAGCUGCCCGACGACGUCACCAGGAUGAAGACCGAGGAACUGCAGGCGACGCUGGCUUUAGAAUCUCAGCCGCAAAUGAGCAGCACGCCGAGGCCUCUCCGCGGUCGCGGGAGCAGAGGUGGCCGGGGCAGCAGGGGCGCGCGCGGGCGCGGGCGCGGGCCGUGCGCCGACGACGCGCUCUCCAAGCUGGUCGGCGUCAAGAUCAAAGACUUGAAGCCCGAUAGUGUAAUGGGACCUCUGAGACCGAAUCAAGUCGAGCGAGAGAAGAAAAGACAAGAGCGUGAAGCUAAAUUGGCUGAAAAAGAAGCAAGGAAGCAGGAACGGAUGCAGAAGAAAGAAGAAAAAGAAAAACUAAAGGAGCAAAAGGCCAAGGAGAGAGAAGAGAAACGUUUAGCGAGACUCGCUCUUCAGGAGAGCAAGAGAGUUAAGAAGGAGAAAACGGAGUUCGUUGGUCCCCCAGGAUACCCCCCUGGGAUGUCCGUACGUCCAGAGCGGCCCUACGGCAGUCCUGGCCCCAGACCGCCGCCUGACUACCAGGAACAGAGAUUCCCGGUAGCGCCGAGGUUACAGGUUCGACCCGAACUACGCGGAAUAUCGGUGGACGAACGGUCACCACUCGCCCACAGACCUGACCAACACCAUAACGUUAUGCGAGAGGGUACACUAUCGGUGGCCGGGUCGCCUCAACCUUUUAAACCAGUCACAGAAGAACCUAGCAUUAUUACACGGAUGCCACAUAUGAUUAACCAACAAUACAGGGGAUCUAUGAUGUACUCGGCUGGCAAUCCCCCGUACGGUCCGCGCGGGCAGGGCGUGCCCAUGUACCAGAUGCACCCCGGUCUCAACCAGGGUGCCCGGGCGCAGUACCCGCAGUAUUACUCGCACAUUCAGGGCCUGCCCGCAUACCCCGUGCGACCCGGCGGGCCGCCGCCCUCCUCCUCUCCCGGCCCUCACGGCCCACAUCGCCCACUGGGGCCCAGUCCGCUGGCGCACGGGCCCUCGGCUUCGCCCCACGGGCCCCCACACCGGCCUCCCGUCUCAUCGCCGCACGGCCCGCCCUCGUCGUCGCCGCAGUCACACUACGGCCCGCCGGGGCCUCAUCCGCACGGUAUGCACGGGCUCCGACCGCCCCACCCGUCUCACGGGCCCCCCGUGUCGGGACCUCACGGGGUUCUCAGACCGCCGGGACAUCUGAGCGGUAGACCGGAGCUCCAGGGAACGCAUCCGCCCGGUUCGUCGGGCUCGAACCCACACGUUCCGCCGGGAGUGUCGCCUCAUGGCCCUCCGGUAUCGUCACCGCAUGGACCUCACAUGCCCGGAGGACUACCGCACGGUCAUUCCGGUCUCUUACACGGACCUCCAGGCAUGCGUCCCUCCAUGCCGCUCGGCAUGCCACACGGCCCGCCCGUUUCCUCUCCACACGGUCCGCCCGUGCUGGGUAGCCACCAGAAUUCUAUGCCGCGUGGAUUGGUCCCUGGGAUGGUGGCCGGCAUACGAGGCCCAGGUCCAGUGCCGCCCGGUAACGUCGUUGUUCGGGUGCCUACACCCGGGGCCCCUUCGGUGUCGCCAGCGCCGGUGCUUCCUGGACAAAAAUCGCCACAGACGAACUCAUUACCUGAUGUCGGCGCGGAACCACCCAUAACGAUCAAGGCUGAAGUUAAAACGGAACCAGAGUAUCAAUCGCCACCUGUGUCUCCUACCGAUCGGCCCACCUCACCAGAACCCCUCAGAAAUCAUCCCAAAAUCAAGCACACGGAAAAUAAAGAUGGAAGGCCUCGAUAUCCGCUGGGUCCGUACGCGCCGCAAUACGGCCCUUAUGGACCAUAUGCACCGCAUGCCCCUCCGAAUUCUCAGCCCCAAGAAACCUCACUAAAUCUUCAAACGAGACUACAUCAUAACCCUCUACAACGUAUGCCUUCGAAUGUCCGACCUUUUUUGCCAAAUAAUCUAAGUGAUAUGAAACCAGCAGAUCCGAUUCCUAGAUCUGGUUUAGAACGACCGCAGUUCAAUGAAGUUCGAUCGCCAGUUUCCGAAAGACCGAUAAUACCUCACGAUGCUUCGAGACCUUUACACCUGGACAGGCCUUUAAUGCACGAGAUGAUUCGGCCUUCAGGACCAAGUUCUGCAGUACACGAUAUACAGAGGCCUUCUUCAUCUGAAAGGACCGUUCCUGACAGGACAAUGAUACACGAUAUGCUUAGACCUUCCGGUCAAGAUCGAUCGCCGAUACAAGAUAUGUCUAGGCUGCAUGGACUUGAUCGACAGUUGCCACAAGAAAUGCCAAGGCCACCCGGAUCUGAUCGUUCAUUGAUGCAAGAUAUGCUCAGACCUACGGGGACGGAUCAUCAAAUGAUGCAUGACAUGCCGAGACCACCUGGUCUGGAUCGACCUCCUGGUAUGGAUAGACCUCCCGGUAUGGAUAGGCCUCCCGGUAUGGAUAGGCCUCCUGGUAUGGAUAGGCCUCCUGGUAUGGAUAGGCCUCCUGGUAUGGAUAGGCCUCCAAGUAUGGAUAGACCUCCAAGUAUGGAUAGACCUCCAAGUAUGGAUAGACCUCAUAGUAUGGAUAGACCUCCAAGUAUGGAUAGACCUCCAAGUAUGGAUAGACCUCCUGGUAUGGAUAGAACUCCUGGUUUGGACAGACCGCCUGGUUUAGAUCGACCAUUAAUGCACGACAUGCCUAGACCGGCCGGUCCUGACCGCACUUUGAUGCACGACAUGCCGAGACCACCGGGCCCAGAUCGAUCUUUAAUGCAAGAUAUGACGAGACCACCCGGUCCGGAUAGAUCGUUGAUGCAUGACAUGCCUAGGGGAGCGGGUUCUGAUCGACCGCUGAUGCACGAUAUGUCGCGACCUCCUGGAUCGGAACGUCAAAUGAUUCACGACUUACCGAGGGCUCCUGGUCCGGAUCGAUCAAUAAUCCAUGACUUGCCCAGGGCUCCCGCACCCGAAAGAUUGAUGGGUCACGAUCUACCUCCACACUACCCGUACAUGAGACCACAAGGUCGCUCGCCUUACGGCAUGCCGUUGCUGCGAGCACCGCACGCCGGCCGGUCCAGUCCCGGGAUGCCGCACUACGCGCCCUACCAGGACAUGCACAGAUUGGACAAGCAGCCUCCGCUGCAGUCCCUCCGGGAAUCGGUUCUGACGCCCACUAAACCCCCCUCGCCCCGAGACGAGAUCGAAAAAGAUACCGAGAGGGAAAGCGGAGCCGAAUCACCUAACGACGUCGACGACGAUCGUUCGUCACCACCCGAAACUAAACCUCAGUUCCUGAAAAUACCCGGCGCUGUAAAUAAAUAUAUUCCGGACGGCAAGCUGGUUCCCAUCAAAACGGAGGCCCCCGGCGAGGAGGGCAGUGUGUUCGGGGGCCUCGUGAGUUACUUCUCGAGCCAGCGGGAGGACGACUUAGACGCGUAAUAGUGAGUAGUCCACUUGUAAAUAUAACAUAGAUAAUUUUAUUUAUACCGACGGCUAUAGACGCCUUGUGACGUACGCUAUGUAUGAUAUUUUAUGAAGUAAAAAUAUUUAGUUCGACGAAGUUUAAUGAGUCUUUUUGGUCUCGAAUAAAAGCGAUGUAUUAUUUUGUUUACGUUUAAGUGAGAUUUAUUUAUAUACAGAACGAUAAGUACUUACGGUAUACUCUAAAUACGAAUUCUAUUAAAGAUCGAUAAUUUCUUUUUUGCAAAAUAAAUGUUUUCUCCUA